UUUCAGAAGCCAUCUCCGUCUCCUUCUCUGUUUCCUCUCUCUCUCUCUAAGUUCAUCGAUGGCUCUUCCUCACCAUUUAGAUCCACACCUUCAAGACUCCAAGAAUUUCAGAGACUUUUGCGGAAUCGACGGCCAGAUUUCGCCGGAAUUAGGGUUUGAUAACUCUACGAAUCUCCAUGAUCAAUCUCAGCAUCCUCCGUAUAUUCCUCCAUUUCAUGUUGCUGGUUUUGCACCGGGACCGGUUGGUCAAAUUGAUGGUUCUGAUGGUGGUAAUGGAGCUGAGUUAGAGUGGAACUAUGGUCUUGGUCUUGAACCAAGACGGGAGAGGAUAAAGGAACAAGAUUUUUUGGAGAACAAUUCUCAGAUAUCUUCUAUUGAUUUUUGGCAAGCUCGGUCUGUAUCAACCGGAUUGGGACUUUCUCUUGAUAAUGCUCGUAUUGCUUCUUCUGAUGGCUCUGCUUUGUUGUCGCUUGUUGGAGACGAUAUUGAUCGUGAGUUAAAGAGGCAGGAUGCAGAUAUCGAUAGGUUUCUUAAGAUUCAGGGGGAUCAGUUACGGCAUGCUAUCCUCGACAAGAUCCAGAGGGGUCAACAUAAAACCGUGUCACUCAUGGAGGAAAAAGUUAUCCAGAAACUCCGUGAGAAAGAUGAGGAACUAGAGAUGAUAAACCGAAAGAACAAGGAACUUGAGGUGCGUAUGGAACAGCUAACAAUGGAAGCCGAGGCAUGGCAACAACGUGCAACGUACAACGAGAACAUGAUUGCUGCACUCAACUACAAUCUUGAACGAGCUCAAGGUCGACCAAGAGAUAGCAUUGAAGGAUGUGGAGACAGCGAAGUGGAUGACACAGCUUCUUGCUUCAAUGGCAGAAACAACAACAACAACAACAACAAUAACACGAAGCCGAUGAUGAUGUGCAGGUUUUGUGGAGUGAGAGAAGUGUGUAUGUUGUUGUUGCCAUGUAAGCAUAUGUGUCUGUGUAAGGAGUGUGAGAGGAAGCUUAGCUCUUGUCCUUUGUGUCAGUCUUCUAAGUUUCUAGGUAUGGAAGUAUACAUGUGAUUGUGAUCUGACCAAACUAAUGUCCAAUUAGUUAACGAACGAACUCUAUUUGUAAUUGUUGUCUCUGCUUUUUCUUUUUGUGUUUGUUAAUAUCAUCUUAUUGGUAAGUUUUAA